AAUUCUAAAGAGACAAUAUAUAUGGCUCUAUUCCAAUAGCCAAAAUGAUUGCAGUUUCAAUUUGUGUAACUUCUAAUUAAUUAUCUACUCUCCUCAGCUUUACUUGCUGCUCUUUGCUUUCUCUUUCUUGAUCAGUUUCAGAAAUCAUGCAAUGAAAGGAACAGGAAACACAAUCAAUUAUUGCAAAAAGAAUUGAAACUCAGAAUUUUUUUCUAUUCAUCAAGCUUCUGAUUUCUGUACAUUUUUCAAAAUUUCUGCGGUAGCAGCUGCUUUCUCAACAAGUCCGUAGCUGAUCAUCAACACACAGAGAGCAAAGCUUGGAAGUACUAACUGAACUCGUCAGACAAAAAUAGAGCUCAUAAUGGCGGAGUCCAUUGUCGGCCACUUUGUUGAGAAGCUUGCAGAUUACACUAUUGCUGCAAUUUCUCGCCAAUUUAAAUACAUGUUUCGCUACAAUAGGAACAUUCAAAAUUUGAGGUCUGAAGUGCAAGAUCUUGAAAAUAAGAGAAAUGAUGUGCAAUCAUCAGUGGAUGGUGCAAAAAGAAAUGCGUUAGUUAUUAAAUCAGAGGUGGAUGCAUGGUUAAAAAAGGCUGAUGACUUAAAGAAAGAGGCUGAUGAAGUUUUGAAUAGCACAACAAAUUCUGAAAUGCGAUGCCUAUACUUUAGGUGUCCAAAUUUGAAGACCCGUUACUCGCUGAGCAGGAAUGCCACAAAGAAGGCUACUGCAAUUGUUGAGCUCCAGCAAAAAGGUAAAUUUGAUGAGGUGCGCAGGCGUGCACCAUUAAAGUUGUCGUCUUUCCAUGGGUCUGAGGCUUUGAAGACAAGGAUGUCAACUAAGGAGGAUAUAAUAAAAGCUCUAAAGGACAAAGAUAUCAGCAUUGUUGGGGUAUGUGGCUUGCCUGGGGUAGGUAAGACGACAAUGGCAAAGGAAGUAAUGACUGAAGUCAAAGGUGGAUUAUUUGAUGAGGUCGCCAUGGGAGUUGUUUCUAAGGAUGUAGACAUAAUAAGAAUUCAAGAUAAACUUGCUGAUAUGCUCAGUUUGAAAAUCGAUGAAAAGACCAAUGAAAUUGCUAGAGCUGCUCGACUUGCCGAAAGACUUACUCAGGAUAAUAAAAAGAGAAUUCUUGUAAUAUUAGAUGACGUAUGGACAGACAUUGAUUUGAAAACAUUAGGAAUUCCUUCAUCAAAUCGUCCUGAGGGGUUGAAAAUUCUAUUAACAUCACGCUUUGAAUAUGUCUGCAAAAGGAUGGGAGCUCAAAGGAACAUUGAAGUUGGAGUAUUGCCUAGAGAAGAAGCUUUUGCACUUUUUCAAGAUGUGGCAGAGAUUUCAAAGAUAUCUAGUAUCACUACUGAACUGAAGGCCAUAGCCGAACAAGUUGCAGAGGAGUGUAAAGGUUUACCUUUAGCACUAGUGAUUGCCGGCAAAACACUCAGAGACAGUGAACUGCGUGUAUGGAGGAAUGCACUUAAUCAACUACGGAAUUCUCAACAUGAUGAUGUGGUCUACUCAAGUAUAGAGUUGAGCUACAACUAUUUGAAAAGUGAUGAACACAGAUCCUUGCUUUUGCUAUGCUCUCUUUUCCUUGAAGAUGAGAGCAUCCCAAUUGAAAGUUUAGUUAGAUAUGCAAGGGGGCUAGGACUGUUUAAAUAUACUGAGACAUUAUUAGAUACCAGAGAUCGGACAUAUGCAAUCUCUGAUAAUCUAAAAAGUUGUCAUUUGUUACUAUCAGGAUAUAGGGAGGAGGAGGUCAAAUUGCAUGAUGUUAUCAGAGAUUUUUGUUUAUCGAUUGCAUCUAAAGGUGAACAUAGGUAUUUGGUGAAACAUGAUAUAAGGACAGAGUGGCCAGAACAUGAUAACCAUGAAUCCUACAGUGCCAUCUCACUAACAUUUCAACGGAGGAUUUUGCUACCCAGUCGGUUACAGUAUGGGAAUCUCAAGUUCUUACGGGUGCAAUGUUAUUCGGGAGGAAGGAAAAUUGACAUAACCGGAGAAUUUUUUUAUUAUAUGCAGGAACUUAGAGUUAUUGAUUUCUCUGGAUUUCAGAUUCGAUCACCGAUCCGACUGCCGCUGGGUCUCCAAACUCUGUGCUUGAACGACUGUAUUUUAGAGAUUGAAAUGUCAUCCUUUGGAAGUCUAAAGAAGUUGGAAAUUCUCACAUUCUUGGAUUCUUCUCUCCCUGUUGAUUUUUCCCGUGAUGAAAUGGUAGAACUUAGCAACCUAAGGUUAUUAGAUUUGAGGUUUAAGAAAGGUCCCUGCCUACUUCCCCCUGGUUUUUUGUUCGGUAUGAAGAAACUAGAAGAUUUGUAUUUGGGACGUUGUCUCUACCCAAGAUAUGAAGAAAAAGAGCACAUUAUCGAAGAGUUAAGUUCAUUGAAGGAUCUCAACACUCUUCAGAUUAUCACAGAUGAUACUCGGGUUCUGUUGCAAUUAUUACAAAGUUGCUCUGAGAAGCUCGAGAAGCUGGAAAGAUUUCAAAUCUACAAAAGUGGGAUUGAUCCUUCUUAUCGUUUUCAUAGGGAUUUUCGAAGGGAUUUGAAGCUCGAAAAUAUUGACCGAAACAUGCUUUUGGAACCUAGAAUUAAGUCAUUAAUGAGAAGAAGUGACAAACUUUUUCUAUCAAACGUGAUAGGUUGGAACAAUCCAGUCAUUGAGUUGGUUGAAGAUGGUUUCAUUAACUUGAAGAGUUUGGAGCUACACCGUUUGGAUUCUGAGUAUCUUAUUGAUGCUGCAGGCUCCAUUUCAAGUGGCAUGUUCGGCAAUUUGGAAUCUCUGGCAUUGGAGAAUAUGCAUUAUCUGAAGGCGAUACACAAUGGGAAUCUUCCAAGGAUGGAACAUGUGACGAGGGGUGUCUCGGAACCUGCACUGUUCUACAACCUUAAACAAAUUAUAGUUUAUGAUUGUGCUAAAAUUAAAAGAUUGUUUUCGGAGUCAGUUGCAAAAUGCAUGGUUAAUCUCCAAAGUCUUUAUUUAUGGUCAUGUCGGUCGUUAGAAGAAGUUAUUUCAAUGGACACGCAAGAAAAUGAAAUUACGGAACCGCUUUCGUUCCCAAAGCUGAAAAAAGUCGUACUUGAUGAUUUGAGUAGCUUUAUAAGCUUCAGAUCUCAACCAAAUGCAGUUGGUCUUCGUCGAACAUUGCUCAACCAGGUUGAACUGCCUGACAUGGAGAAUUUGGAAAUUUCCGGGUCGGGUAGCAUAGAAAAGAUACUAAGCGUGGAAACGCCAUUCGGAUCUCCAAAUAGAUUAUGGAGGAUGAGAGUGGCAAUUUGUGAUAAUCUAGUGAACAUUGCACAAUCCAAUUCGAUUAAACUAUUGCAAAAUCUUGGAACUCUUGUAGUAACUGAGUGUAUGGCACUAAAUGUCAUAUUUGACUUUGAGGGUCUAAAUGUUAAUAAAGACUAUGAAGAAUAAAUCAGCAUACUUGGUCAACUAAAAUCAUUAUACCUGAGGAAAGAUGAUUACUUGGUGCACAUUACGAGGAUGGUUCCUAAAGGAAUCCAUGUCUUCCAGAAUUUGAAACAUCUUGAAAUUGAUUCAUGUAGCAGGUUGAAGUACUUAUUCCCGGCUUCUAUGAUUAACUCGUUUGUGGCUUUAGAAACUCUGCGUGUCAAUUUUUGUGGCGAAAUUGAAGAAAUCUUUGGAAUAGAAGAAGAAGAAGAAGUGGUUAAAGAAGGAACGGCUAGCAAUAUUGUGUUCCAUGAAUUGAGGCGUAUAGAACUAAUCGGACUUCCAAGAUUCAACAUGUUUUGCUCUCAUAAUUAUGAAUUUGUGUUUCCUUCACUUGAUCGAUUGAGAAUUGAAGACUGCCCUAUGAUGACAAAAUUUUGUCCGGGACAACUAAAUGCACCGAAGCUUUACCAAGUACAGAUAGGAGCCAACAAAUUUAUUGACAUUUCCAAUUUAUUUAAUUAGUGAUACAGGUUCUGUACACACUCCACGAGGAGAAAUUGUGAAGAAGAGAAGAAACAGAGAGAAGAAGAGGGAAGAAACAAUGGGGUGAGUUUUCAAUCCCUGGCAUAUGGCGACAAUAGAUUAUAAUUAUGAAGAAUGAAGUGUAAAGUCUAGUCGAUGAUUUUACUCAU